UCAUCGAGAAUUCGAAGCCGUCCCUCAACACGCAGGAGAUUUGUGGCGUCUACGUCCAACGCAACUGUAUCCGAGUGGUUGACUUCAGUCAUUUGAGAUUUGGAAAAGAACAACAGCAAAAACAGUAAAGAAAGAUGAUCUUACUCCCCGUUUUUACGUAUUUAAUCUAUUUUGUGUCAGCAACUCAAUUUUAUAUGUAUGAGCUAAAUAAUACCAAUUUAUUUGCUUUAAAAUUGGGAAAAGCACUAAUAAUUGAGGAUUAUCAUAUUAUACUACAUGAGUUCAAUUUAAACAAUUUGGAAGCUAUCCUCAAAGAAUACGGCAAAAUUGUCAACACACUUGACACAUUUAUUAGCUCAACGAAUUCUAUAAAAGGAAACAAAUUCGAAGAAUACAAUAGCCUUGUCCAAGUUCAAACAAUCCUGAAACACAAAUAUGAACAAGCAAUUUCCAUGAUGGAAAAUUUUGAAAACAAGAAAAUCUCAAAGCGGUCUAUAGAGUUCCUAGGAAGUAUAAUAAAAGACAUAACAGGGAACCUCGAUCAAAAUGAUUAUGACGUCAUCAAAAGCCAGUUAGGACAGAUUAGAAAAGCCAAUAACAUUUUGAUAACAGAUAAUAACGCUCAAAUUAAAAUCAACAGUGUAUUCGAGCAACGAAUAAAUAAUCUAACAGAGAUAGCGCACAAACAGGCAAUUGAAUUUCAUAAUGUCAUAAAAAAGGCAGGCCUUAGCUUAGACAGUCAAAAAGUGAUCAACAGGAGACUACACUUACACGACGUCAUCUUCACAUUGGACAACGUUCGAAACCAACUAAACGUUAUAUUCGAAUCCACACAACUGGCGAAACUCGGAAUUAUCCAUAAAGCAUUACUGCAGCCCCGAGAAAUCAAUUUUGUACUUAACAUACUUAGCAAUGAAGGAGUAAAGAUUACAUCGAAUAUAGAAGCCUAUGAAUUCUUGGAAACAAAAACAGUACAAAAUAACCACAAAAUAAUACUGCUCAUAAAAAUUCCAAAAUUCAGACACGGAAAUAAUACUGUGAUCCAAAUUGAACCGAUUCCACAUCAAAACAAAAUUCUCAACAUAAACAAAAAGUACGCCAUAAUAAACGACAAAGAGACGUACUUAACAAAUAAUUACAUUGCACUGGAAGAUUACUUCAUUGUUAAAGCAAACGAAAUUCAAAAUCUUUCUCUAGCCCGUGUAGAUGAGGUGUCAGAUUCAUCCUCGGUGGGGGCGUGA